CUGUUCCCACACUGUCUAUCUCCACUGUCACUCAACAUCAACCAGCGAAUCAACGGCCUCGCUGAGACUGCCGGGCUCUAUCGGAGCCAUGGGUGAGGCUAAGGUCCUGAUGUUGCUUCUUCUGAUCGGUUGGGAGAAGUCGUUGAGUCUCAACUGGAACCCAAUACCACGCAAGACCGUCAGAUACCAUGAGGUGCUAGACAGCAUGGCCAGGUUCCGGGCUCUAGGUGUGUGGAACUACACCAUGGUGACUCUAGCAGAACACCAGAGGGUUCUGUAUGUAGGAGCUAGAGAGGUCCUGUUUGCCCUGGACCCUAACGACAUCAGCAGACAGCUACGACCUCUGAUUGAGUGGCCAGCACCACAGGAGAAGAAGAGAGAGUGUUCUGCCAAGGGCAAGAACAACCAGACGGAGUGCUUCAACUACAUCCGCUUCCUGCAGAGCUACAACCACACCCACCUCUACACCUGUGGAACCUUCGCCUUCCAGCCCAAGUGCACCUACAUCAAUGCUGACCACUUCAGUCUCAACCCUGGCUCCCUGGAGGAUGGGAAGGGCAAGUGUCCCUACGACCCUGCCAAAGGCCACACAGGCCUCAUAGUGGACAAGGAGCUGUACUCUGCCACACUGAAUAACUUCCUGGGUACUGAGCCUGUGAUCCUGAGGAACCUGGGACAGCAACACUACAGCAUGAAGAGUGAAUACCUGCCGGCCUGGCUCAACGAGCCUGACUUUGUGGGCUCGACCCUGGUGAGGGAGAGCAGUGGCAGUAAGGAAGGGGACGAUGACAAGAUCUACUUCUUCUUCAGUGAGAGAGCUGUAGAGCUGGACUGUGACACAGAGCUCACUGUGGCCAGGGUGGCCCGCGUCUGCAAGGGUGAUCUGGGGGGCACCAGGACCCUGCAGAAGAAGUGGACCACCUUCCAGAAGGCCAGGCUGGUGUGUUCUCUCCCUGAACGCCACGUCACCUUCAACAACCUGCGGGAAGUCUUCACCCUGCCAGGCAUCGACUGGCGCACCACCACCUUCUAUGGCAUCUUCCACGCCCAGUGGGGUGAUGUGGAUGUGUCAGCGGUGUGUCAGUACCAGAUAGGGGAGGUGAAGAAGGUGUUUGACGGCCCGUAUAAGGAGUACAGAGAGGGCUCCCAGAGAUGGGGACGAUACACUGGCACUGUCCCCAGCCCACGGCCCGGAGCGUGCAUUACAAGCUGGCAUAGGGAGAACGGCUACAACAGCUCUCUUCAGUUGCCAGACGCUACUCUCAACUUUGCCAAGAAGCACCCUCUGAUGGAGGAGAAGGCUCAGGCUCGCCCCCUACUGCUCACCAAGGGCAUCAACUUCACCCGCCUGGCAGUGGACCGGGUCAGCUCCCUGGACCAGCGUGCAUACAACAUGCUGUUCAUUGGCACAGCAGACGGCUGGUUACAGAGGGUAGUGAUCUUUGGCUCGGAGGCCCAUGUGAUUGAAGAGAUACAGCUGUUUGAUUCUCCCCAGCCAGUGGACAGCCUAACCAUCUCUCACACCAAGAAGUACUUGUACAUUGGCUCACGUUCAGAGGUGCUCCAGCUGCCCUUGGCUAACUGCAGCCGCUAUCAGUCGCAGCCAGACUGCCUUCUGUCCCGGGACCCCUACUGCGCCUGGGACAGCGAGGGCCGCGCCUGUGUCCGCAUCGACCUCCACCGCGGGUCUACCUCCUCCCUUUCCCAAGAUCUGAUGCUGGAGAGAUUCAGCAGGGGCAAAGCCAAGUUUGACAAGCCUGUGGCCAUCCCCAGCCCUGACAACUCUCGGCUGAGGAAUGUGACAGUAGUGGUAGAAUCAGACAUGGUGCUGCCCUGCCAGCUGGUGUCCAACCUGGCCCAGCCCUCCUGGGUCCUCAAUGACCGCGAGCUGCAGCUAGGAGACGAGGAGGCCGGAGGGCCACGCUUCGACCAGGCCCUGAAGGCUCUGGUGGUUCCCAACGCCAUGCCAGUGCACGCGGGACGCUACGUGUGCUACUCCGAGGAGCAGGGGGUCAAGUUCCAGACGGAGCGCUACCAGGUGUCGGUGGUGGCCAGCUCCCCUGUGGUCAUGGCGGCCCGGGCCCCUGACGGCAGCAUGGGUCUGUUCUGGGUGUUGGUGAUCACCCUGGGGGCCGCCUGUUUAUUACUAUUGGUGGCAGCUCUGUAUCUGAGGAGACGUCUGAAGCUGGCCCUAGGUAAAGGGGCGGACAUGAAGCCUCUGGAGAGCACCCUGGUCUACCCCAUCACCCUGCCCAAGGAGCCACCCACCUUUGUGCCCAGCAAAAUGCCCAGCGACGAGGACCGCUUCUGGGAGACGGGCGCCAACUACUACUACUCAGACGGCUCGCUGAAGAUCGUUCCGGGCCACGCCCUGUGCCCCAGCAGCCAGUCUCACCACCACGCUCCAACGGCAUCUCCCAGCACCAUCCCCGGCCAGCCCAUCCAUUCCCCCAGCCGGCUCAGCCUUACCAACAUCAGGGGUUCCGGCAGCAACGGCUACAUCCGCCUCAACCUAAGCUCGGCCGGGGAGGAGAGGGUUAGCGGGGGUGGUUCUGGUGGAGGAGGGCUGGGGCUGAGUGGGGGCGGGAACGACUACUCCAGCCCCUUCAAGGAGGAGCUGCGUCGGACCCUGCAGCAGAGGAGCGUGCUGCCUGACGCCAACCCUGAAGAGUCGUCUGUGUAGUCUUUCUCCGCGCCUGCCGUAAUGAAAAAACAAAACAAGAGACAACGAACGGCAACUAACCUACCUCCCUCCUCUCUCUCUCUUUCUCGGCUCCACUGUCACUCCAUGCUCUUUCUCUCUCUUUUUCUGACAAUGCUCGUUUGGCUGACUCUGUGACUGGCAGAAGACGCUUUUUGCACAGAGCAUGUGAUGUGACACACACGCCGAAUAUUCAUCAGCAUCCACUCCUGUUAUUAUUGUGUUCCAUCCGCUCCUGUUAUUAUUGUGUUCCAUCCGCUCCUGUUAUUAUUGUGUUCCACCCGCUCCUGUUAUUAUUGUGUUCCAUCCGCUCCUGUUAUUAUUGUGUUCCAUCCGCUCCUGUUAUUAUUGUGUUCCAUCCGCUCCUGUUAUUAUUGUGUUCCAUCCGCUCCUGUUAUUAUUGUGUUCCAUCCGCUCCUGUUAUUAUUGUGUUCCAUCCGCUCCUGUUAUUAUUGUGUUCCAUCCGCUCCUGUUAUUAUUGUGUUCCAUCCGCUCCUGUUAUUAUUGUGUUCCAUCCGCUCCUGUUAUUAUUGUGUUCCAUCCGCUCCUGUUAUUAUUGUGUUCCAUCCGCUCCUGUUAUUAUUGUGUUCCAUCCGCCAAACUGGCUGUCACAUUUUAACUUCUUCAGCAGUUUAACUUGCUUUCGCUGUGCAAAUCUCAAGCUGUGUAAAUUCUGUAUUUAAAGACAAUUGAACGCAGAGGGCCUACACCUCAAGCAUGGCAGUCAAACAAAUGGAAAGGUUUCCUGAGAGCACUGCUUCAUGAUAAGAGAGGACCAAGAUCUCAUGACAAGGUUGUAGCUUCAGCGCUAUACCAAUCAUCCAAUAAUCAAGCAGUACUAGUCGACUGACUGAAAGAUGGAGGAGCUGGCUUGCCUUUUUUCUGUUCUGUUGGAGAAUUUUUCGCUUUCUGCACUUAACAUGGAAGUAUGGGAGUCGAUUUUGUAUUUGUGAGCAAAGAGAGUGCGAGAGUCACAUAAAAGACAAAUUAAUCUCAAAAGCAAGACGACAAUCACGUUCCUCUCUCCGGGGGUAAAACCUGGGAAGGAAAGGGAGGGAUGAAGAGAGAGAAAAUGAAGGGAGCUUUGCGUGAAAGACACAGGGGGUUUACAUGAAGGACAAACUCUCAAUUAGACUUUCUCGGCUCGAUUUGUACUUUUUUUUACGUUGUCAGUCUUUCCUCUGAGAAAGUCUUCAAUCCCUGCCUGAUAUAUUGUGACAAUUUAAAUUAAGACAUUUUUAUGUGUUGUUUUUCUAUGUCUUAUGGACUACAGAAGCAACAAAUGAAGACCAUUGGCUUUAAAGCACCCCUCUGUGAAUGAGAAUGUGAGAGAAGCAUGUACAAACCUCUCCUAUCCCUGCUCAAGAGAAUGACCUGGCGCUACUGUGGAAAGCCUGAAUUCAGAGAGAAGGAUGGACACUGAACUGUAAACCCACACUGCCUGUGCUGUUAGAGGGACAAGCAGACAACAGAUGGAAGAUAGAUGAAUGGCCUGUGACAAACCAACGGCUCCAGAGAGUGAUCAGAGGCUCAUCUGAUCGCUCCCAUCAGAGGGGUGGCUUUGUGACACAUCUGCAGGGACCAGAGAACAACACAACACAAAGGAGGAACAAGAGGAGUACGAUGUUUCUUUCUUUCUCACCAAAAUGUAUACUAGAGACAGCUGAAGGGGAUGUAGAAUAUUGUAAUGAUCCCUGGGUUGAAGAGGUACUUACUUGGCCAUCAGUGGUUAGUUCAUCCUAGUGUUGCAUGACCUUCUCUGCAAAUGUACUGUACACAUCUCUGAUGACAUGAUCAUCAUUGUAAAAGGAGUGUAUCAUGUUUCAAACUUUUGCAGACACUAAUGUUUUCUACUAAAAAAAAGUUUCAUUUAUGAUUAAGAGUUGUUAAGGACUUGUUCAUGAAUUUGUCCAUCUUCUUAACAUGUUUACUUUCGCUGUGCCUCUUCACCUUCGGAUAAGCCAAAGUAGACUGCAGUUGCUUUUUUUGAAAAGGUGUAUUAUUAGAUAUUAUUUUAUUAUUUCACUUCGAUAUUUAAGUUUCAACAGCCUGUCAAACUUCAGUUCAAAGAGCUCUCAUGCCUGGAACAUUCCUGCAUAUUUUAUUUAGAGCUUCAUUUUCUUCAGAAGGCAACAAGCUUGUGGAUGGUCAACAUCCUGUUUAGAUGUCAGUAGUAAUCUACUGAAGCCGAUCCCUGACUUCCUACCACAUGAGAAAGUAAACAGAUCAUCAGAGCGUCAUAGGACCAACCAAGCAAAGCAACUUCCUUUUAACCAAAUGAUAACUCGUGAUUUCAUGAUCUGAGGUUUGAUAUAAAAUCUUAAAUAUUUAUACAUCCAUUUAAUAUGUAUAGAUUGAAUAUGUUACCAAGCACUGGUUCAGACACUUUACAAUCUAUUAACAUUGCUGUGAAUUCAAGCUACAGGAGCUGUUAAGAUUGGUAUAGAUAUUUAACUGAUUUGUCUUACAAUUAUGUAUUUUUAAAAAUCCUUGGACAUUAUGUCUGAUAUGUCAUAAAACUCUCUUAGAAGAAAAUUAUCCUUCAAACUCACAAAAGUGAUGUAAGGCACAAUCCCCCCAAAAAUCUGCAUGUGCAAUUCUGGAUCUAUAUAGGCUAGUUAUUACUGCCCUACCAAGCAAAAAGGCAGUGACUGCUCAUAGCGUGGAUCUGAGAAAAAUGGCUUUCAUUUACCUUGGUUUCACAGUAACUUUAUGCAGUUACUGCUAACAUGACCCCCAUUUUCUCCUAAACACAAUACAAUAGAGGCAGGACACUUGUCCACAUGAUUAAACAUGUAUUUAAUGGAGCAAAAAUGACAUUAACUUAUUUUAGACCAAAUGAGCAGUUACUGCCUUUUUGGAGAUUACACUCUGCCUGUCAAAAACAACGCUUUCCACAUCUCUUCACCUAAGCCUUUUUAUUCUGUUGUUUUUCAAUAAUAUUAUUAUAUUACCAUUAUUAUUAUUAUUAAUUUCCUUUUUGGCUUUAAGUUGCAAAAGUUCCUCUGGCUGUUUGUUCUCAAUCUUUUAAUGUUUAUGAAAUGAUGUUAAGUAACUUAUUUCGCUUGUAAAAACAUGUCAAUAUUUAUUAUCAUUGUACAUAUGUCCUUAUUUUUUUAUAUGUGUAUAUAUACAUGAAUAAAAGUAGAA